CUAGUCUUCGUUUCUUUGUACUAGUCACUCGCCAAAAUGGGAAUACGAUAGGCUAUAUUUUUUUUGCCGAGUCGUAAGACACAAAAAAGUAGUGGAAAAAUCGUGUUAUUUAAUAAGAUUUUAAUAUUUAAAAUGAGAUUAAUAAAUAUCACAUAAAAUAUCUUUCUAUUGGUUAUCGUUUAUCGUUGUGUUGGCGCUCAAGACACAACGCUUUGUUCUUUCUCUAUUAAAUUUUAUAUUUAACAUUUAAAAAUCGUUAUACUUUCUCAUCUGAUUAUUUAUUAACAUUGAUAUUUGACGAUCUGAUAUAUUGUCAUUGUUCGUAAUGUCUGGAAAUCAUAAAGCGGGAAUUAAAUAUCCUUCGGAAUAUGUCAAGCUCAAUAUCGGCGGUUCCUUACACUAUACUACUUUAGGGACACUCCAAAAACAUGAUACUAUGUUACGAGCUAUGUUUAGUGGUCGCAUGGAAAUUCUUACAGAUCCCGAAGGGUGGAUAUUAAUAGAUAGGUGUGGAAAACAUUUUGGAACAAUCUUAAAUUUUCUAAGAGACGGAUCAGUUCCAUUACCAGAAAGUACGAGAGAAAUGGCAGAAUUGCUUGCAGAAGCAAAAUAUUAUUGCAUUACCGAGCUAGCUGAAUCUUGUGAACAAGCACUUCUUCGAAAAGAAAGAGAAGCAGAACCUAUUUGUAGAAUUCCACUUAUUACUUCUCAGAAAGAAGAACAAUUAUUAAUUAGUAGUACUACUAAACCAGUAGUGAAGUUGCUUGUUAAUAGACAUAAUAACAAGUAUUCAUAUACAAGUACAUCAGAUGACAAUCUCUUGAAAAACAUAGAAUUGUUCGACAAAAUGUCCCUUAGAUUUGGUCGUAGAGUAUUAUUUAUUAAAGAUGUAAUUGGCUCCAGUGAAAUUUGUUGUUGGACAUUUUAUGGUCAUGGUCGCAAAGUUGCAGAAGUUUGUUGCCACUCCAUUGUUUAUACAACUGAUAAAAAACACACAAAGGUUGAGUUUCCAGAAGCCAGAAUUUAUGAAGAAACAUUAAAUAUUUUGUUAUAUGAGCAUCGAAAUGGUCCAGAUCAAGAAUUAAUGCAAGCAACAUCAUCACGUGGUGCAGUCAGUGGUGCACCACCUUGUACAUCAGAUGAAGAAGAGGGUGAGCGUUCAGGCUUGGCUCGCCUUCGCUCCAACAAACAAAAUACCAACUGACCCAAUCUUACCUCUCUUACCCCUCCUAAUCCAGCGACUCUUAGCGUCGUUCGAGUCCUCGCCCUUAAGACACGAGCCAAUACAAAGUAAGAUGUGUGAAAAAAAAA